ACAGCGAAAAGAGAGGAAAGGGAGAGAGAAGGUGUGCUGUUUGAGAGUGUGAGAAGGGGCAAGAGGAGUGUUCGUCCAAACGUCAGGAGAGAGCGGACCCCUCUUGAGAGUUCUACUGACACCCCUUCCUCCGGCAUGGCGAACAUCACAUCUGCCCAAUGGCAGGCCAUGCUGGAUACAGCGGACGAGAGCCAAAAACCAUUCUUUCAAAAACUGUAUGAUGAUGCCGUGCAAAGAGAAAGGGAGGCAGCGGCAGCAGCUAGAGCCGCCGACAUUGCUGAUCAGGUGGCUCUCCUCCGGAUCCCGGAAGCUAAUGCUGACCGGUUCCGGGAGGAACUAGCUGCUGCUGUAGUAGCCUUGGUCCGACUGCGGACCUUGGAAGACUUUGAGUCUCGUAUGACAGCACUUGAGCAGCGGAACGAAGAGCUGCAGGCUAAGGUGAUUAGCCUUGAACAGUCCCAGCUGUCUGCCUCCCGCCCUCCUAACCCUCGAUCUACUGUAAUCCCAGUCUCUCAGCCCAACACAACCCUCGUUCCAAGGGCCAGCGGAACUGCGAUAAGUGCAGGAACCGGAACAAGCUCCUCAAGCGGCAGCACCCGUAGUUCUGCACUGAUCGCAGUCCCAAAUGCAGGGACUUCAGCGCAAAACGCCACAGUUCUUAUUGGCGUUCAGUACAGCGAUCCCAUGGUGGACAAGCGGGCGGCCAUGCUGCCGUCCAAGUACGACAGGAAGGCUGACAUCAACUCUUGGAUUAGUUCCAUGCGGUCAUACUUCGAGGUCAUGCGGACACCGCAAGAGGACCGAAGUAUGAUCAUGGGAACUAAUACCGAGCCUGCUAUACGAAACCACAUUGAGCUCCAAGCUGUUGCUGCAGGCUAUGCACGCAUAUACGUGACGGAUUGGUUGAAGAUCACCCAUGUUCGCACCCUUGAGGAUCUUCUCCUUGACCGGUAUCAGGAUAAAGAUGCUGCGCUCAAGGCUAGACUGAAGCUUGAGGCCCUCAAGGGCCAAACAUGGAGGUCAUCCAUGCAGGCUUUGGAACAGCACCUGACUGGUCUAUUCACCACUCCGGAUCUAGGAAUGACUGACGUGUCUUGCAUGGAUGUAGUCAUGGGAGUGGCCCCUAAAGAAUACCUCUCCCUGCUAGCACUCAAGGACCAUGCUACCUGGCGAGAGCUCAUGAAGGACCUAGUCGACCUAGAGGCCAAGGACCUCGCCAGGCGCAAGAAGGCGCCCGCUGCAGGUGGAAAACCACAAAGCAAGCGGUUUGGAGGCAGCAACCAGCUUGCACUGCAUGAUCAUCGGGAGGCUGACGAUCAGUCCUAUGCGGAUGAUCUGCCUCUAGAUGACGAUCUAGAGUCGGACUCCGAUACGGGCUCCUUGAAAGAGGCUUUGGUGAGUCAUCCUGUGCUCCGCAUUGCGGAUCCCAACCUCACGUUCGUAGUCACUACGGACGCGAGCCAGUUUGGGAUUGGUGCAGUGCUGCAACAAGACGAUGGCGAUGGCCUGCGUCCGCUUCAAUAUUACAGCAAACGCAUGCCCAGCCACAAGGUGGCCACUUCCACAUACAUGCGGGAGCUCUACGCCGUGCGCGAGGCGCUCACGCAUUGGAAGCACUACCUCUUGGGUCGCCACUUCAAGGUCUAUUCAGAUCAUCAGACCUCGCAAUGGAUUGAGACACAAACUGACCUCUCUCCAACUCUGAUCCGCUGGCUGCAUGACAUUGAUGUUUUCAACUUUGAACUAAAACAUAAGAAAGGCUGCUAUAAUCGUGUUGCUGAUGCUCUGUCGCGCCAUCCCGAGUAUUUGACUUGCCUUGUGGACUCGUACGACCUCCAGAGGAAACUGAAGGAGGAUCUGGUCGAGCACACUGCCAAGGAUCCGGACCUCAGUCCCAUCCUUGAGCAGCUCAAGGCUGACCCUAACAGUCAGCCUGAUUUUCAUGAAUGCAAGGUUCUUGUAUUCCGCCGGUAUGGAAAGUUUGACCGUUUGUGUGUACCCAACCAUGCGCCUCUCCGAACUCAUUUCUUGGAUUUGGCACAUGGUCGGAGUGGACAUUUCGGCUUUGAGAAGACUUAUGGAAGUCUUUUGCAGCAAUUUGAUUGGCCAGGCAUGAAAGGAUCUGCUCAGAAAUUCAUUGCUGAAUGUCAAGUAUGUCAAAGAAUCAAGGUCCACAGGCAUAAGCCUUAUGGCCUACUAAGACCUCUCCCCAUUCCUGAUGGACCCGGUGAAUCGAUUUCCAUCGACUUCACGGACAUGGGAAAGGUGAGUGAGGCUGGGAAUUCACAAGUCAUGGUCAUUGUGGAYCGCUUCUCCAAAUUUYUGAACUUGAUUCCUCUCCCUCCUCACGCCCCGACUGAACUUGUCAUAGAAGAAUUCCAUCAGCAGUACAUUUUGCAGUCCGGCGUCCCGAAAACUAUUGUGAGUGAUCGGGACACCAGAUUCAUCAACAAAGAUUGGAAAGACUUCACAUCUCAGAUCUACGACAUCAAACUGAACAGGACUUCUGGUCGACACCCCGAAGCCAAUGGAUUGGCUGAGGAGAUCAACCAGACUGUCAUCCAAUUGCUUCGCGCACUAAUUGUUCCAGAUCAGAACACGUGGGACAAGGAAUUGCACAAAAUGAAGGGGUUGUACAACAACUCCAUUCACUCUGCGACUGGUGUGACACCAAACCAAUUGCAGUAUGGAUGGCCGAUGCGUAAUCCCCUCUCCUAUCUGUUCCCUGAACGGUCACCUGGUCUGAUGCCCRGCAUGCCWKGCUACAAUGCCAAGUACGCACGCUUGCUCAAAGCUGCUACAGCAGCUAUGAACAAGCGCCAACAUGCCAUGAUCAAACAUGCCAAUAAGCGGCGCAAAGAAGAAAAGUUCAAAGUAGGGGAUUAUGUUUGGCUCAAAAUGUCUGAGUUUUCUGAUGAAGAGGGCAUAUCACGGAAGCUUCUUCCACUGUACUACGGCCCUUGGCAGAUUCUGAAGGUAGUCGGGGAUGAUUUCGGUCCUUCGUAUGUGAUUGAUGUGCCUCCUCAUCUGCGCACGUAUCCAGUCUUCCAUGCCUCCAAACUGUUCCCACACAUUGAUGAUUCCCUUCCGUGAUCCUAUGAUACCUCGCCCUAUUGACGG